CCCCGCAAGCCUCAGAUGCCAAUCCGUUCCACCGUUCUCUCUCUCUCUCAACUCCCAUAAUGCGGUUGUCCCAACCAAAUUCAACAAAAACCCACGUAGAUCAUGCCCCAACAAUCCUACCCACCCUCGUAUUUCACCUCAAAAUCAACCCCAUCGUUCCAAUCAAACAGAUCCCUACUUGACUAUAGCUCCCAUUGACGCUUCCCACCUCGACUCAUAAACCCAGAUGCAAACAGAGAGAAGGUAGAGGCGUAAAUCAAAUACAUACACACGCAUACAUAGAGAGAGAGAGAGAGAGAGAGAGAGAGAGAGAGAGAGAGAGGAAUGACGAGUCAGGUAGUGAAAGUACGGAGGGAGAUACUGGCGGAAUGCAUGACGUGCCCUCUUUGUAACAAGCUGUUGAGAGAAGCUACUACCAUCUCUCUAUGCCUUCAUACGUUUUGCAGGAAGUGUAUAUAUGAGAAGUUUUCAGAUGAUGACGUCGAUUCAUGUCCUGUUUGUGACAUCAAUUUGGGCUGUGUUCCAGUGGAGAAACUCAGGCCAGACCACAAUUUGCAAGAUAUAAGGGCCAAAAUCUUCCCUUUCAAAAGAAAGGUCAGAACACCCGAGGUUACUCCUUCAAUUUCACUUCCGGUUAAAAGGAAGGAAAGAUCUUUAUCAUCAUUGGUUGUCAGUACUCCAAAAGUGUCAAUUAAGACUGGAUUGACUGCUCGGAGAACCAAGUCUGUUGCUAGAAAGAGUGCUCCUAUUCGAGCUUCCAGUUUUGUAGUUGGGGAAUCUAUUAAGAAAGAAGAACUUCCCACAGAAAUUUGCCAUGAGAGCUCAUGCUCACCUGAGACCCUUAACAAGGUUAGAGAUAAGAACCAGAGUUCUUCCCCAACCAAGUCUUUCCCUCACCAGUUGCCUAAUAAAGACAAGGAGAAGGAUGUGGGGGUGUGGAAAGGAAAUGUUGAUCAGUGGAAACCCUUGAAUUGUCUUGUUGAAGCUGCCAACAGGACGAAGUCCUCUAAACAUAAUCUACAAUACUCAGCACCUGUCAAUGCUCUUGAUAGUGCAGUACAUGUACCUAAUAGUGCAAUACAUGUACCUAAAAUCAAGAUUAAGGAACAUAAACACAAAUCGAAACUCAAAGAUGACCAGAGUAAAAUAUUAUCACUACUGGGGCUGGUCAAAAGAAGAAGGUUGGCUGCAGUAGAUCAGAAAAAUACAGUUGGCAGGUCGUCUGCCUCAGCACAGGCUAUGCUUAAUGUGCAUGGAGGUAAAAAGAACAGAAGAAACUGUCCUAUUUGGUUCUCAUUGGUUGCCUCAGAAGAUCAGGAAGGAGACAUUCCCUUGCCGCAGAUAUCUGCAUGUUACUUGAGGAUAAAGAAUGGUAAUUUGCCCGUCUCAUUUAUCCAGAAGUACCUUGUAAAGAAACUUGAUCUUACAGGUGAAGCCGAGGUGGAGAUAUUGUGCCACGGUCAGCCGGUGCUUCCAACAUUGCAGUUACAGAGCUUAGCAGAUUUGUGGUUGCAGAUGGCUUCAACUUCGAAAGAAAGAGUACCAGCAUAUGUGGGCAGCUCGGCCAAGGACUUUGUGAUGGCUUUAUCCUACUCUCGAAGGGUCCUGCCCCACUAGAAUAGCACUCUAUUCUUUUCUGUCUCUUCUUUCCCCAUCCUUAAUAGUGGAAUGGACCUUGUCAACUUGUUGUAUCUUAAAAGCUAGGGAUGAUAUCGGAUUCGUGUAUGUUUACUAACUCUACUCCGAUAUGGACUGAACAAAUCGGCAAACCAACAAAAACCGUUGUGAUUAGAUGGUUUGAUUCGGUAUCUUUGCCUGGUAGAAAAAACAAAAGAGAAAAGGUUUGUUGGUAUAUGUAUAACUGAAUGUAUCAAACCACAAGUUAGGGAAGGCUGCUGUCAGCAUUGGCUUGGGACUAGUAAUGCCAUGCCAUGCUGAUAACUGGGGUUGCACUCCCAGCUUGUUGACAUUUUUACGUUGAUUUACUCUAUUUUUUUUCACUAA